AUGGUUUUCGCUUCGUCUAAAAAAACCAUUUCCUUGCAGGGGAUCGUCAAAAGCAUUCAUAGCAACUGUUCGCUUCUCUUACCAAGGAGGAACAUUCAUUUGACUUAUUCCAAUAAAACUUCUCACAAAAACUUUGUACCUCCUUUAGAUACAUUUGGUCGUCGUCACAUCGGUCCCUCUAAGGAAGAGCAAGAGUAUCAACUUUCUACGCUUGGUUACAAGGAUUUUGAGUCUUUCUUGAAUGACGUUAUCCCAGGAAAUGUUCGUGCGAAAGAGAAUAGCAAUAAGCAUUUUCCUUCUUUCGACAUUGAUAAAUCUCAUACAGCACCAAAUUACUCAGAAAGUGAAGUUGGCGAACUAACGGAAAAUGUAGCUAACAAAAAUAAACUGGUAAAAACUCUUAUUGGUAUGGGCUAUUACAAUGUUAAGGUUCCUCCUGCCAUUAUUAGAAAUGUGUUUGAAAAUCCGGAAUGGUACACCCAGUAUACUCCUUACCAAACAGAAAUUUCUCAAGGACGUUUGGAGUCUAUGAUGAAUUAUCAAACGAUGGUUACCGACUUGACCGGCCUGAGCAUCAGUAACGCUAGUCUUCUAGAUGAAGCCACUGCGGCAGGUGAAGCUAUGGUUAUGAUCAUGGCCGGUGAUCGUAAAAAGCGUAAAACGUUUUUGGUUGACUCUAAUAUUUACCCCAACACAUUAUCUGUUCUUCGCACUCGCGCUCGCGGUUUUAACAUUGAUGUAAAAGUAGCUGAUAUCUCCCCUGAAGUUAUCACGGCAAAUGAGAAGGAUGCUUUUGGUAUCCUCGUGCAGUAUCCUACUGCUGAUGGCUCUAUUUUCGACUAUACUCACCUCGCAUCAGCCGCUCACUCCUCAAACAUGCACGUGGUUGCUGUCACAGAUUUGCUAGCUCUUACUCUUAUGAAGACACCGGGUGAAUGGGGUGCCGAUGUUGCUGUCGGCUCAACCCAGCGUUUUGGUUUACCAAUGGGUUUUGGUGGUCCCCAUGCUGGCUUUUUUGCUUGUAAAGAUGAAUUCAAGAGGAAAUUGCCUGGUCGUCUCGUGGGUCUCAGUAAAGAUCGCCUUGGAAACCCUGCUUAUAGGUUGGCUUUGCAAACUAGAGAACAACAUAUUCGUCGUGAAAAGGCUACGAGUAACGUCUGUACUGCUCAAGCUCUUUUGGCUAAUAUGUCCGCGUUCUAUGCCAUUUACCACGGACCUGAAGGCUUGAAACAUAUUGCUAGUCGGAUUUAUUCCCUCACGCAAGUUUUAAAGCUUGCUUUGGAAAGUGCAGGUUAUAAAAUUUCGAAUAAGAAUCAUUUUUUCGACACCUUGACAAUCAAUGUUCACUGUGCUAACUCUUUAAUAGAAAGAGCAUUGGCCCACGGUUACAAUUUACACAAAGUUAGUGACACGUUUGUCUCUUUAUCUUUGGACGAGAGCAUAACAAGUGAAGAUUUGAGACAAUUGUUUAGCAUUUUUGGAAUUCCUUCAAGCCCAGAAACUUUUAUUGAAAACCUAAACAAUGGCAAGUCUGUUAACUCCGUUGAAGAAUUGUCUGUUUCUGUUUUUCCUGAGGAAUUGCGUCGUCAAACUCCAUAUUUGCAACACAUUGUAUUUAACAGAUAUCACUCUGAGACUGAACUGAUGCGUUACAUUCGUUAUCUUCAGUCCAAAGAUCUUUCUCUAGCCCACGCUAUGAUUCCUCUUGGUUCCUGCACAAUGAAAUUGAACGCAGCAUCAGAAAUGAACCCUGUCUCGAAUCCGAAAUUUGCCAAUAUUCAUCCUUAUGCUCCCAAAGAUCAAGUGCAGGGUUAUAAAUAUUUAAUUAAUGAUUUGGAGUUGAUGCUCACUAAUCUUACUGGAUUUGAUGCUGCUAGUUUUCAACCCAAUUCUGGGGCUUCUGGUGAGUAUGCAGGAUUAAGUGUAAUUCGUGCCUACCAGAAAUAUAUAGGUGAAGGACAUCGCAACAUUUGCCUAAUUCCUGUUUCUGCUCAUGGUACUAACCCUGCUUCUGCGGCUAUGGCUGGUUUAAAAGUUGUUCCCGUGAAAUGCUUAAGCAAUGGUAACUUAGAUUUUGAUGACUUAAAAGCAAAGGCCGAGAAAUACUCUAAUGAUUUGGCUGCUUUUAUGGUUACUUAUCCUAGCACCUUUGGUAUUUUUGAACAUGGAGUAAAGGAGACCUUAAAUAUCAUCCAUCAAAACGGAGGCCAAGUUUACUUUGAUGGCGCCAAUAUGAAUGCAAUGGUUGGGUUAUGCAAAGCUGGCGAUUUAGGUGCUGAUGUAUGUCAUUUCAAUCUUCACAAGACCUUUUGCAUACCUCACGGUGGUGGUGGUCCUGGCGUUGGCCCUAUUUGCGUGAAAAGUCAUUUAGCUGACUUUUUACCUUCUAGUCCGGUUGUUCAAUGUGGUGGCUCAAAAUCCAUUGGAUCCGUUAGUUCUUCUCCUUAUGGUUCUGCUAGCAUCUUGCCUAUUUCUUGGGCUUAUAUGAGAAUGAUGGGUCUUGAUGGACUACGUGAUGCUUCCAAGGCUGCUUUGUUGAACGCAAAUUAUAUGGCUGCACGUUUGGCUCCUUAUUACAAGCUCGUUUAUGCCAACGAAAACAACCGCUGCGCUCAUGAAUUCAUUUUAGAUGCUCGUGAAUUCAAGGCUAGUUCCGGUAUCGAGGCUACUGACAUUGCUAAGCGUUUACAAGAUUACAGUUUCCAUGCACCGACUCUAUCCUGGCCUAUUACCAAUACUCUGAUGGUCGAGCCCACAGAGUCUGAAAGUAUGUAUGAAAUGGAUCGUUUUUGUGACGCCUUGAUAUCUAUACGUCAAGAAAUCCGUGAAAUUGAGGAGGGCAAACAGCCUAAGGGUAACAAUUUACUAACCAAUGCACCUCAUCCUCAAAGAGACUUGGUUACGGAGGAAUGGAACCGUCCUUAUUCGCGUGAACGCGCAGUGUAUCCCUUACCUAUACUUCUUGAACGCAAAUUUUGGCCAACCGUGGCACGUAUAGACGAUGCUUAUGGUGACAAGAACUUGUUUUGUACUUGUGCUCCUAUGCAGUAA